ACCUGCCCCUUCCCAGAGCAGAGCCAGGUGUCCCCGCCAUGUCCCAGCAUGGUGCCAGCACCAUGAGGGGCAGAUGUGUCCAUUCCCAGGCAGGACCAUGAGUGUGAUAAGAGCAGGUGAUGGGGCUGAGGAGACCCUGUGCCCAGAGCGUGGGACAGUCCCCACGUGUCAGCAGCCAGCAGGGACACUCCAAGGUCCCCAGCAGUCCAGACACUAUAAGAGGGGUGAGCAGCCCCACCACUUCUUCUUUCCUCUGCACAACCAUGCUGGGAGCCAUCUGUCUCGUCGUGCUGCUGGGCUACGCCUACGGAUGCGGUCAGCCGGCCGUGCCACCACAGCUGAGCUCCCGCGUGGUGGGCGGUGAAGAUGCUGUAGCCCACAGCUGGCCAUGGCAGAUCUCACUCCAGUACAGCCGCUCUGGAUCCUGGAACCACUAUUGCGGUGGGACCCUCAUUGCCCCCCAGUGGGUGCUGACAGCUGCCCACUGCAUCAGCUCUUCCCUGACCUACCGGGUGGCGCUGGGCAGGCAGGACGUGUCAGAGGCUGACGAGCCUGGUUCUGUGGCCGUGGCUGUGGAGAAGAUCAUCGUCCAUGAGGAUUGGGAUGACUACUACAUUCGCAACGACAUUGCCCUGGUCAAGCUGGCAGAGGAGGUGCAGGAGACUGACACCGUCCGUGUCGCCUGCCUGCCGGCUGCUGACAAGAUCCUGCCCAAUGACUACCCCUGCUAUGUCACCGGCUGGGGAAGCAUGAGGACCAACGGGCCCCUGGCCACCAUCCUGCAGCAGGCUCUGCUGCCCGUGGUGGAUUAUGAGACCUGCUCCCAGUGGGACUGGUGGGGCAGCACUGUUAAGAAGACCAUGGUGUGCGCCGGCGGCGACGGCAUCACCUCUGGAUGCAACGGCGAUUCUGGGGGCCCCCUGAACUGCCAGCGUGACGAUGGGAUCUGGGAGGUUGAGGGCAUCGUCAGCUUCGGCUCCGCCCGCGGCUGCAACACGAAAAGGAAGCCAACAGUCUUCACCCGGGUGUCCGCCUACAUCGACUGGAUCAACGAGAAAAUGAGCGCAAACUGAGGACAUGGCACUGUGGAGAUACCACUGUUGAUCAAAAUAAAAGCAAAAUAAGCU